AUGCCGCCCGGGUCCAAGGACUGCGAGCCGCCACCGGAAGCACCGCCUUCAUCAUCGACGGAGGAUUUGAAGUACAUGGCACUGGCCCACGCUUCAAAGGUUGCUCUUCCACUUCGCUUCGAGGUGCUACCCCAGUGGCUCAAGAGACUGGGAUACAGCACGCACAUGAUAGGAAAGUGGCACCUGGGAUUCGACAGCUUCGAGUACACGCCAACAGGACGCGGGUUCGAUACCUUCUUUGGCUACUACAACGGUGAUGAAUUCUAUUACAAUCACACAAGCGUGCAGGAGGGGCACUGUGGCCUGGAUUUCUGGCACAAUAUCGGCAACAGGACGCAAGUUAUCACCGACCUCAACGGCACAUACUCAACGCACGCGUACACGGACGAGGCAAAGCGUAUCAUCGCCAGUCACAACAACGAAGAAGUAAGCUCCAGCUGUGCACUGGAGGUGAUGGAUCGUUCUAUCGGUGAGGUGCUGGUGGCUCUGCAGUCCCGCGGUAUGCUCGCCGACAGCAUCGUUGCGUUCGUCAGCGACAACGGUGGCGCACCGCUCAAAGGCGUUCCCGCCGCUAACAGUGGCUCCAACUGGCCCCUGCGGGGAGCGAAAUCAAGCGUGUGGGAAGGGGGCAUGCGGACGCCUGCGGUGUUCUGGUACGGUCGCCUGAGCGGCCGUCUGCCCCAGCCGCCAUUGCACCGGAUAGUGCACAUCGUUGACUGGGCGCCUACAUUCUACGCCGCCGCAGAGUCUCAGUAA